CUUUGUUCGUUUCAGAUGGCGUCUCUGCCGCUGUCGAGGAGCGCGCCCUGCUCGAGUUCGGAUUCCGAUGAAUCGGACGCGGACAGCGCUAUGCUCGCUUCUUGCAGCCUCCAGCUGCAGGAGAUCAGGCAGGAGGAUUUAGCUGCCAUCCUUCCCGAUCAGCAGGAGUUGGACGCGUUCGGCGCCUUCGAGGAGACGGAGAAAAGCUCGCCGCAGACCGGCGACGCUUCCGGAUCCGACAUGGAGCUGCCGCAGCAGGCCGUCAAUGCGAUUAUCCAGCGAACCACCGAGAGCUCCAGCGAAUCCGAAUCUCAUCCGCCUCCGAAUCCCAGCAGCCUAUAUGCAAACAGCCUGCUGCAGCAAUUCGUCGCCCAGACGCAAUUGCUGAGCACAUCGACGUCACAGUCGGGCGGCGCUGAUGGCGGGUCCGGUCCCAACCAGAACGGCGGCGACGCUCCGAACGCUCUAUCAGCUGAUGAUUCUGUCAAGAGGAAACGCGGCAGGCCGAAGAAGAUCAACAAGAAUCCGGAGAGCUCGAAGAUCGUCGACAAGUCCUUGCUGAACAUCGAGUCCUACACGGAUCCGAACGUCUCCCCGGACUCGGGAAUACAGAACAGUCCGGACCACGUGUCCAGCCCCGACUGCAGUCCGCUGCCGGUGACGAAGGGCGGCAAGUACGGGCAGCAGGAGAAGAAGUGCCAGGGGAAGAGCAGCCAGAAAAUCAAGGAGCAGCAGGCGAAGUUACCGGUAACUUCGAAUCGAUUCGAUCGUAUUCUGUACGGCAACACGGAUAGAGUACUGUAUCCGCCGAGACGUAAAGUCGGGAGGCCGCCCAUCGUCAAGAAAGGACCCGGGCGGCCUCCCAAGAACAAAGUCGAAUCAAAACCCGCCCCCACCAAAAUGGAACUGAAAAGCAAUAAAACGAAGAAGAGUAAAUCCAGCAAAGACAAGGAAAUCCAGCAGCUCACCACGAACACCAACAGCCUGAGUCUAGGUAACACCAACAACAAAGCGAACGGCGUCAAAGAAAACAGCAAAUCGUCGAAAUCCACGCACCUGUACAAUAUAUGCGAAAGGGUCAGCAAACGCCUGGAAUUGAACAAGGACGUGCCACAAAAACAAGAAGGCCAUUCCCACAAAACCAAAUCCAACAAUAACCGUGUUAUACUAGGAAGCAAAAAUAAAAUAGAUCGUGUUAAAAAUAAAUAUCUAGCGUUGAAGAACGCCAAACUGAUGCACAGCAAGCACAAACACAAGAAGCACAAAAAGUGCAAGUUCAAAAUACUGAAGCCUCUAGCAACCGCACACGUAGAUCCGAAAUUGAAUAGCGAAAUAGAUAAGUUAGUGCAAGAUUUUGUGAAACUGUGCAACAUUAGUACAUGCAAACCGGCCAAGGAAAACGUGCCGGAGAUUCUUAAAAAUAUCAAAAAAGUCUCGAAGAAACGGAAAACGUCCGAUAACGUUGACCGCAAAAAGAAGAAACAGAGUACCACCACUAUCAACAAAGAACCGACCUCAAACGAGCAGCGAUUGCCGCUCAAGAAACGUCACUAUCACCUGACGACCAACGAGAAUAAACCCGAGGAAGUGAUCGUUAGCGAAGACAGCAAGAACAAAAACAAAAUCCUCGUAGAGAAAAAAGUCGAGCAACAUCCGCAACCGAGUCCCAUCAAAUCAGCGAAUUCUUCACCGAAGGUGCCCACGAUAAACAACAAUGAAUACGGAGUUUCCGAUCACAUCGAGGAAGCGAUCGAAGCAUGCAUCACAAAGUACACAUCGCCGAAGCUGAAGGAAGUUAAAGUUGAAGAAGUCUCGCCGAAAGAGGAGAAACCCGCUUCGAUUACGGCAACAACUCCGAAAAAACGUCACAGAUUGGAGCAGGCCGCUCAAGAAAUUGCAACUCUACAAGAGAAACCCGAAACGAUGGAGAACGUAGUCUCUGAAAUGAAUCUGAAACGCAAUUUAACAGCUAAAUUGAAUGAGGUGACCAAGAGAAUAGAGAACAACACGGCCCAAAUGAAUACUCGCAAGAAAAAUCGAUUGGAAGAUUUGACGUCGAAUCUAGCCUCGAAAAUAAGCCCUGCGGAGAGUUCGGAUAGCAAUAAACGCAAGAAGGAAGUGAAGAGUGAGGUUCGGGCGACUGUGAUCAAAUACCCCGCCUGCAAGAAAGCGAAGCCCAUCGAACCGGAGAUCUUGGAAUCUGUCGUCGAUGAGAAACCUACAGGAAUCUUCAUGCCCACAGUAGAUUUAGAAAUCAACAUUCCCGAAGCAGCUGAUCAUGACACAAACACGAUACCCGAAGUACCUGAAACUAUUAAAAAUGAUAUUAAGACAAUUCCGACAAGCGCAACUACAGCAACCGUUGCAUCGAAUAAAAUCGCAGAGGUGAAGAAGCGUGUAAGAAAACGCAGAGCCAUAAAUCGCACAGGAUUUCCAACAGUCAAAAAGAAGAAAAAGAAAAUCGUGCAGGAAAUAAUCGUACCUAUUAUAAACACUCCGGAAAUUAAUUCAUGCGAUAGGGUGCCGAAAGACGGUGAAGAAUAUUCCUCUUUCGUGGAACGAUCGGAAAAGAGCGACACCGAAAAGGUAUCCUCUGAUCUCUACAAAGUUUCUAAAUGGGAAGUCUCUAGUGAAUGUGAUAGUUUACCGCAAGAGGAUCGUAUCGAUUUUGAUUCUCUUGAUGUUAAACAAGAACGGAUGUCUUUGAGGAACAGUUCACCUUCGACAUCGGUGGACACCUCGAAGAAAACAGACACGAGCAGCGAUGUUGAUGAUUUGACACUGGAGGCGAGGAUCGAGAGGUUCAGAAAGAAGAAUAAACUGAGGAGACGACACGGUUUGGAGCGAAAGUGCAACGAAGGGCAUUUGAAGAAAAGAUUAAGAGAUACUUCGCCGGCCAGCAGUAUAGAAGCGUUCGAUAAGAGGUUCAAGGAUGAUAGAGCUUCGGCGUCUGGGGAUGAGAAGAAGAACAGGAAAGUGCCGAGGUGGAGGAAGAAGUGCUUACUGGCUGGACUGUUCUCUGAUUAUUAUAAGGAAGACGACGAGACAAUCAAAAUGAAGCGAAACGAGUACGUUACUACAAAAACUAAAUUGUCUUAUAAUCCGGAAGAACAUCCGUACGGAUUAUUACCAGCUCCUUACCAUUGCGGCAAAUACUUGAGGUGCCGGAAAAUAGAGUUUCAGCUGCCUUACGACUUGUGGUGGCAACACACGCAUUCGCAAUUACCCGGCAGAGAUUUGGUGCCUUCUUGGAAUUAUAGGAAAAUUAGAACGAAUAUUUAUAACGUUAAGAAUACAGCCGGCGCCUGCGAACCUCAACCAUGCAAUUGUUCUCCUCAAUCCGGUUGUGGCGACGAUUGCAUCAACAGAUUGGUCUUAGCGGAGUGUCCUGCGACUCACAAGUGCCAGAACCAGAAGAUCCAGAAGCACGAGUGGUCACCGGGAAUCGAGAAGUUCAUGACGGAGAGCAAGGGUUGGGGAGUCCGCACGAAUUCGGCCAUCAAAAACGGUGAUUUCAUCCUGGAGUACGUCGGAGAGGUGGUUUCCGAUCAGGAAUUCAAAGAACGCAUGGCCAGCAGAUACGUGCACGACACCCAUCACUACUGCCUGCAUUUAGAUGGUGGCUUAGUGAUCGAUGGUCAUCGCAUGGGUGGUGAUGGUCGAUUCGUUAACCAUUCUUGUCAACCGAAUUGCGAGAUGCAAAAGUGGUCGGUGAAUGGACAAUUCCGGAUGGCUCUCUUCUCGUUACGAGAAAUAAAACCGGGCGAAGAACUGACGUACGACUACAACUUUUCACUCUUCAAUCCUGCUGAAGGUCAGGAGUGCAAGUGCGGUAGCGAAAAUUGCCGAGGUGUGAUCGGUGGGAAAUCCCAGAGGGUAAGGCAAAUUCCCGUGCAAAAUCCCCCUCCGCAAGCCGGAAGAGUCGGAAGGCCGCGCAAGAAUCAAGCGAAGAAAGCAACGAGCAACGCCAAAGAAGUAGUUACGGCUCCGCCACCGCUGCCGCCUCCGGCCUCGAUUGUUCCCCAAAUGAAACCAAUUAGUCACUCUCAACGGCUGUUCGUGCUGGAGCACCAUUGUUUCCUUCUGCGAAAUCUGAAGAAGGUGAAACGGGUCAGAGAUAGGUCGUUAACAUCCACCGUUUCCAGAACCCAAGCGCCCACACCAACGGACCAGAUCUCGUUCUUGAACCACCUGAACGCACUGCGACAGCCCAGGAACAUGAAAACACGGCAACUAGCACAGGCGGAAGAUGAUCCUGAGCUUCACAAAACCGUUCGUCUGGCGAAUCUUCUGCGUGACAUCUUCAACGUUGUUAUCAAGUACAAGGAUGGUAACGACGAGAAGCUGAGCACACCGUUUAUGCUGUGUCCAGCAAAGCGAAAAGUGCCCGAGUAUUAUCAGAAGAUAACGGAACCGAUCGAUUUGACUACGAUAGAGCAGAACAUCGAGACUGGCGUCUAUAAGAACGUGGAGAGCUUCGACGCCGAUAUGAAUAGGAUAUUCACAAAUGUCAUCAAGUUCUAUGGAAGGACCGCAGAUUUGGGAGUGGCAUCCACGCGUUUGAAGAAGGUUUAUAACGAGGCGAAGAAGGAAAGUCUCCCGAAAUUCCAACAUGUCCUCGGCGUUAAACCACCAGCCAAAUUCACAUCCAAUAAGAAAAAAGGCGAAGAGGAAGAUAUUAUUCGUUGCAUUUGUGGCAUGUUCCGCGAUGAAGGGCUCAUGAUUCAAUGCGAGCGGUGUCUUGUCUGGCAGCAUUGCGAGUGCGUCAAAGCGAAUGCGGAUGCUCCCAGUUAUCAUUGCGAGAAAUGCGUUGCCAGAGACGUGGACUACGAAAUCCCAAUGGAUGAAUACACUGAACACGGUCAUCAGUAUUACAUGACUCUGAUGAGAGGCGAAUUGCAAUUGAGGCAAGGCGACACCGUGUACGUGCUUAGGGACAUUCCAAUUCCCGGCACCGAUAAGAAGCACACGUACGACACGAUCGGGGAAAUCAAAUACGCGGAUUUGGAUAUCUUUAGGAUAGAGAGGCUGUGGAAGGACUCGAAGAACGGGACACGCUUUGCUUACGGUCAUCAUUACUUAAGGCCCCACGAGACUUACCAUGAACCAACGAGAAAAUUCUAUUCGAACGAGGUGAUGCGAGUGCCCCUUUACGAGGCCGUCCCCGUAGAACUGAUCAUCUCGCACUGUUGGGUGAUGGAUUUCAACACCUACUGCAAGGGAAGACCCAUAGGCGCUCCAGAAGAGCACAUCUACAUUUGCGAAUAUCGCGUUGACAAGGGCGCAAGAUUAUUCAGCAAAGUUUCCAAAUCGAAAUUCCCGAUCUGCACGAAGACGUACGCCUUCGAACGUUUCGAUACGCGUCUGAAGGUAACAAGAACUUACACUCCCCACGAUCUGGAUCCGAUGUACACCAAACAGCGUGGAAGAAAACCUCAAGAAGUUGAGGAAGUCAAAGAAACUGUGCCGGCAAUUCCAGCAGCCGUUCACGUUCCAAUCGUUAGGACUCCGACAGAACAAAAGGCUCGAUUGAAUGGAAUCCUAUUAAAUUUGUUGAGCAAACUGCCAACUAAGCAAUCCCUGGAUGUGUCUUAUUUACUCGAAGGUGGCAGGAGACGUGGAAAAAACAGACUUUAAAAAGGUAAAAUUUGGGUGAUAACUGCUGUAAUAUAAAUAAGGAAUAAUUACUUAAAACAUUUUGCUAUAAGAAUUAAACAAACAAAUUAAUCGUAUUUACACGCGAACUCUCAAAUGAAAGUUUUAAUUUAAAAAUUAAAAACCACAAAUAAUUUUUCGAUCUAAACAAAAACAACUGUAUUUUUUACUUACAUCACUACUACUAAUAAGAGCUAGUCAUAGUUUUUGUUGUUAACUCUAUUAUUGCUAAUUGGCCUACAAUGUUUUUUUUUUAAUUUUCAAUGCA